AUGCCCAACAAUGAUCAUCAUUGCUUAACGUCUUUCAUUUGGACUCAUCAAUGUAUCCAAUCCAUUUUUGAGAACGCUAUAAUUCCUCCAAAUCACCCUCAGGCCUCAGCCCAAAGUCUUUUAAUCCUAAAGGUGCAUGGGCAUGGCUUGGUACUAUUCUCAAUCACAUAUGAUGAAUUUUGGACAGCUGGAGAGAUCGAUCCUUCAAAAGAUAUGCACAAUUGGGAGAAUAGGUUGAAAAAUGAUGAGAAACACUUUAUUAAACACAUCUUAGCUUUCCUCGCUACUUCGGAUAGAAUUGUCAACCAGAACUUGAUUAAAAGAUACAGUGGAGAGGUUCAGGCGGCUGAAGCCCAAUGCUUCUAUGGCUUUCAGAUCAUGAUUUACGUGUAA